CUCUCGGGGAGCGGAACGGAGCGGAGCGGAGCGGGCGCGGCCAUGCUGCGCCCCAAGGCCCUCACGCAGGUGCUGAGCCAGGCCAACACCGGCGGCGUCCAGAGCACGCUGCUCCUGAACAAUGAGGGGUCCCUGCUCGCCUACUCAGGCUAUGGGGACACCGAUGCCAGGGUCACCGCGGCCAUCGCCAGCAACAUCUGGGUGGCCUAUGACAAGAACGGGCACCAGGCGUUCAAUGAGGACAACCUCAAAUUCAUCCUCAUGGACUGCAUGGAGGGGCGAGUGGCCAUCACGCGGGUGGCGAACCUGCUGCUCUGCAUGUAUGCGAAGGAGACGGUUGGAUUUGGGAUGCUGAAGGCCAAGGCUCAGGCGCUGGUCCAGUACCUGGAGGAGCCGCUCACGCAAGUGGCCGCAUCCUGAGCGCUGGAGCAGCGCUUGGAGGUGCCACCCCGUGAAGUUUGGUGCUGAUCAGCGACCCCAGAGCUCGGGGUGCCU